UUUAAAAAAAGACAUGGCUUUCAAAGCCAGAGUUUUCUUUAUUGUCUUUCUAUCAAUAUUUUUGUAUGGCUCUCAAGCUAGAGAAGGUACUUCCGACGAUGUUGUCGUUCAUUUAUCCGUGGGCAAAUUGCGUGGUCUUCGAGAGAGUGUUUCUGGUACAGAGCGAGAGGCCGAAUCAUUCUAUGGCAUCCCAUAUGCUGAACCGCCAAUCGGAGACCUGAGGUUUGUGCCGUCUAAGCCAGCUAAAGGAUGGAGCGGGGUGAGAAAUGCAAGAAAGCCUGGCGCUCGUUGUGUCUACGGUAGAGUGAUGCCACCCAUGGCUGCCAAACCAGCAAGCCCAGAAAACCAAAGAAUGAAGGAGCAAAGGAAGAAACGCAAACGUCAAUGUCAAAGGAACAGGAUCAAGAGAAUAGCUGCAAGCUGGUCAGAAAGUGGAGGGGAAAGAAUUCGCUGAAAACAUUAAUUCAGAAAAAGUAAAGGCACUCAAUUUCUCAAAGGUGCGACUAAACCCAGGUU